AUGCGAUUUGGUCCACGGAACACGUACUACUUGCGAAUAUCCGAGCAUACAAUCCUACCCCUCUACGUGAGACUUUCCCUUCUCACAUUUUCUCCGUUGGGCACUUACGAGUUGUAUCCUGGGAAGCUCUACUUGGAUGAACGUCAUAUUGACUGGAUGUCUGAGAGAGUCCUUCAGCAUGUGCUGGAAGACCUACGCCCACGAAUUGUUCCCAAACUCAGAAAGGAGGCGGAUGCACGUCUUGGCCCGGGAGGCCCUACGAAUGCCAAGAGAGGAAGUGUCGAAGUCUAUCGCGGCGACACCUAUCAAUUCGGAUAUUUCCUUCGCAACACGGAUGAACAUGCCGUGCUAGUCAAGACACGAAACUUCGUUCCCGCACCUGGUCCAUCAGAAGCGGCCGUGCGUGAGCGGUCGCCUUCGCCUCGGAAAGGGAAGAAGCGAGGUCAAAGAAAGACCGUGGCAGCGUCAAAGCGGAGCAAGAAGCCGAAGACGAAGGGCAAGCAAAGAGCUAAAGAUACUGACGAGGAUGAGACCAUUGCCAUUUCAGACGAUGAAGAUGGCGAAGUUCAGCUCGCCUCUCCCAUGGCUGCUGGGUCGGCUGCUGCUCUGAGACGAUCUGCACGUACAAUAAAGCAAGUGGCAGACUACAAAGAGCAAAACAAUGACGAAGAGGUGGUUACUCCGGAGGCACACGUGGACUCAGAUAUCGAGAUGGACGUUGUGGAGCAAACUGGCUCUGCUCAGCUCCCAGAAACCAGCGGGCUUGCCGAUGCCCCAGUCAAUGACACCGAUACCAUUGCGAUGGACGCAUCCGAUGAUGUAUCGACAACUGUCACAGUGAAGGAAGAAAACACUGAGCCUACUCUCUCUCUUAGGGACGAUGCACAAGGUGCUCCAUCGGCAGCUGCAUCGACCCAUGUACCGGAACCUCCAGGCAAACCGGAGGAAGAUAAGACGAAGCUAAUGCUCCAGCUCAAAUACCAUGGAUUCAAUGUACAUGGACGAUGCCUUUGUGUGAUCGUUGAGCCCUAUCCCCCGCUACGGUCGGCAUCGGUUGCGCUUUCACAAGGUACAUCUACAGCUCCCAUGCCGGGUUCUAGAGCACCAAGCAUCGCACCCUCUGAUUUCUUCCCCGGUGGUGGCCAAGCUCAAAGAGCUCGCACGCCACUCUUUCUGCCAGAAUAUGACAGAGAGAGGAGUGUGACUCCCGCGCCAGUAUCAGUCCAUAAAAAUUUGCCCCCAGUGCCUCUAUUUCAUGAAGCCAUGGCCGAGGAUAGCGAUAGCGACGACGGGGGCAUGAUAUUAUUCAGUCAAAUUCUCCAGUCCGUCGGUCAAGGCCAGGGAGGAAUGAUUGAAGAUGAUGACGAAAUAGAAGGAGCAGUGUUCUUUGGAGACGCAGAUGAGACUAGAGAAUUAUAG